AUGGCUGAAGCUGCUGCUGCUGCCCUCGUCAAAGUCAUAUUUCAGAAGCUAGCCGAUGAAGCCUUCAAGAGAUAUGCUCGUUCCCAGAAUAUUCACUCCGAGCUCAAGCAAUUGGGGAGCACGUUGUCCCAGAUCCAAGCUCUGCUUAACGAUGCUUCAGACAAGGAAAUAACUGAUGAAUCUGUCAGACUAUGGCUCAAUAGUCUCCAACAUUUGGCUUACGAUAUCGAUGACGUGCUCGAUGAUGUGGCUACUGAAGCUAUGCAUCGUGAGCUGACCCCGGAAUCAGAAGCAAGCACCAGUUUGAUUGUGAAAGAUGAAAAGCCAAAAAAUAACAAUAGAGGAAACGAAACCUCCUUGCUAGAAUCUGAUGUCAUUGGACGAGAAAUUGAGAAAGAAAAAUUGAUCAACAAGCUGUUGCAGGAUGAGCCAUCCAAGGAAAACUUCAGCGUCUUACCCAUAGUCGGUAUGGGUGGGGUUGGUAAGACCACUCUAGCUAGAUUUUUGUAUAAUGAUACACAAGUGAAGGGUCGGUUUGAACUCCACGCAUGGGUUUGUGUCUCUGAUGAUUUUGAUAUCUCUAAGAUAACCAAAACCAUCUUUCAAGCUGUGUCCAACGAAAACAAGGAAUUUGCUGAUCUAAAUCAGCUUCAACUGGCUCUUAAAGAGAAACUUAAGGAAAAACGGUUUCUACUAGUACUAGAUGAUGUGUGGCAUGAAAACUUUAAUGAUUGGGAAAACCUAGUGCUCCCAUUUCAUUCAGGGGCUCAUGGAAGUAAGGUAAUCAUGACAUCUCGCAAGGAGCAAUUGCUUAAGAUGCUAGGUUUUGAUAAUCUAGACCAUCUUGAGACUUUGUCAUCUGAAGAUGCUUUGUCUUUAUUUGCUGUACAUGCAUUGGGUGUAGACAACCUUGAUUCACACCCAACACUCAGACCAAAGGGUGAGCGUAUUGUGGAAAAGUGUGGUCGUUUGCCUUUGGCUUUAAAGGCAAUUGGAAGGCUGCUGAGAGCUAAAACAGAUGAAGAAAAAUGGGAUGAGGUGUUGAAUAGUAAGAUAUGGGAUUCAAAAAGUGUUGGUGAUUUUUCUGCAGAUUGGAAGGUGAUUUUUCCUGCCCUUAUGUUAAGCUACCAUGAACUUCCUGCAAAUUUGAAGCGGUUGUUUGCAUAUUGCUCCUUGUUCCCCAAGGAUUAUUUGUUUGACAGGGAAGAGUUAGUCCUAUUGUGGCUGGGAGAAGGGUUUUUGAACAAAUCAAAUGCAGCCAAGUCACCAGAACGCCUUGGUUAUGAAUAUUUUGAAGAGUUGUUAUCAAGGUCAUUUUUUCAACAAUCACCAAAUGAGGAACCAUUAUUUGUGAUGCAUGACCUGAUGAAUGAUUUGGCCACAUUUGUUGCUGGAGAGUUCUUUUCAAGGGAUGACAAUCGGAUGGCGACGGAAGAUGUAGCAAAGUACCGCCACAUGUCAUUUAUUCGUGAUGAAUAUGUAGCUUACCACAAGUUUGAGGCCUUCAAGAGAGCUAAAGGGUUGAGAACACUGUUAGCGGUAUAUGUUGGGGUCCAUCAAAGUUGGAACGAGUUCUACUUAUCCAGCAAGAUUUUGGUUGACUUACAUCCUGAGUUACCGUUAUUAAGGGUUCUUAGUUUGAGUCGUUUUAGUAUAAGUGAGGUACCGAAUUCCAUUGGUAGUUUGAAGCACCUGAGGUAUCUUAAUCUAUCUGAAACUGAUAUCAAAGAGUUGCCGGACAAUGUUGGUAAUCUUUAUAAUUUAGAAACAUUGAUAGUUUUUGGAUGUAAGAGUUUGACCCAGUUGCCUAAAAGCUUUUCAAAGCUAAAAAAGUUGAGGCAUUUUGACAUGAGAGAUACUCCACGUCUGAAAAAGUUGCCCUUGGGGAUUGGUGAGUUGAAAAGCCUACAAACUCUCACUAAAAUUAUCAUUGAAGGACACGGUGGCUUUGCACUAACCGAGCUUAAGGGAUUAAAGGAUCUGCACGGGGAAAUUUCCAUCAAGGGGUUGAACAAAGUGCAAAGCUCAAUGCAUGCACGAGAGGCCAAGUUAUCUUUAAAAGGGAUUGAUAAGUUAGAGUUGAAAUGGGAUGAUGUUUCAGGAAGGGAAACGCUUGAGAAGGAGAUUCUCAAUGAGUUAAUGCCAUGUAGUGAUAAGUUGAAAAUGCUUGAGGUUAAGUAUUAUAAGGGAAUAGAGUUUCCGAAUUGGGUUGGGGAUCCGUCUUUUCAUCAAUUGGUUCAUGUGUCGCUACGGGGUUGUAGAAAAUGUACAUCUCUACCGCCGCUUGGGCAGUUACCUUCACUUAAGGGGUUGUUGAUUCAAGGAAUGGAUGAUCUUAAAGUCAUAAGUUUGGAGUUAAGUAGGACUACUGAUGUUACCUUCCCUUCACUUGAAAUUCUAAGCUUUGAAGAUAUGUCUAGUUGGAAGGUAUGGUCAACCAAUAGCGAUGUAAUGUUUCCACGCCUUCGAGAGCUACAAAUAAAAAGAUGUCCCAAUUUGAUUGAUGUCUCACUUGAAGCAUUACCUUCAGUAAGAGUUUUGAGGAUAGAGGGAUGUGGUGAAAGUGUGCUGAGAAGUCUGGCACAAUCAGCUUCAUCAAACACUAAAUUGAAAAUAAGAUCAAUUUUAGGGCUUACGGAUGAGGUGUGGAGAGGUGUUAUAAAGUAUCUUGGGGCGGUUGAAGAGCUAUGCAUACAAAAUUGUGAUGAGAUAAGAUACCUAUGGGAAUCAGAUGCGGAGGCAAGUAAAGUUCUUGCAAAUUUAAAGGAAUUGGAGGUAUCUGAUUGUAAAAAAUUGGUGAGUUUAGGAGAGAAAGAGGAGGAUGAGGAUAACACUGGGAGCGAUCUCUUAUCAUCUCUUAAGAAGUUGGAUAUAAAGUUCUGUCAAAGUAUGGAGCGUUUGUGUUGUCCAAAUAGCAUUGAGAGUUUAGUUAUCGAAUUGUGUGAUUCACUUAGACAUGUCUCCUUACCAAGAGCAACAACAACAGGUGGAGGAGGGCAGAAUCUCAAGUCACUUGCUAUAAGUUCUUGUGGAAAUCUAAAAUCAAUAAAUCAAUUGAGUAACUCCACUCACCUCACCUCUUUGACCAUACACAGUUGUGAAAACUUGGAGUUAUCUUCUGAUCUUCAUCAGCUAUCAAAUCUCACCUCGUUGUACAUAGAAGGUUGUAAAAGCAUAGGGUGA